AUGUCGACAUUAAAACGAUUAAAAAUGGUGGAUUCAUGGUUUACACGCAUUAGUCAAGCAUUAGCACGUGAUAAAAUAUCAACAGCUGAUAAUAAAGAUGAACUUCGUUAUGCUGUUCGAAAAAUUAAUCAAUUUUUUUAUGCUGAAAAACCCAAUGCAGACGUAGUUGAUAAACAUGCUGACGUUAUUGUUGAUCUUUUACUUUCAACGACUAAUGGUCCUGAUGAUUUUGAAUUCAUCGCUCAAAUCUUCAACAUUAUACGAGAAAUACUUGAUUGCGACAAGAAAACAUCUAGACCUCUGGUGAAAUCUUUAAUAAAAAAUGAUGUAUGCAGUUUUCUAUUAAAUACUCUUCGUGUCGUAGCUGAAGAUCGCGGUUUAGGUCAAGAUAUUUCACUUCAAAUUCAUCAAAUUUUAGCAGCUAUUGGUCAUCAUGAUAAACGUCUUGCUUUAAAAGCUCGUCUAUUUAAAACAGUAGGAUCUACAAUAUCAUUAUUACGUAUCUAUAGUUAUAAUGCAAAAGUUUGUCCCGUUCUUCUAACUCUUCUAAAAAUUUAUGCAAAAAACGCAAUAACUGCUGCUGCUAUAUGUCGAGCAGCUGGUUUGCAACCAUUACUUCGUCUAGCAUUAACACUUGAUCGACGUCAUGCUAAACUACAAAGAUUAUCUAUUACUGUUGUUCGCCAUCUUACUCAAACUAAAAAGUUAGCUGCUCGCGCAACAACAACAACAAUUGUUCGCGAUAUAUUAGCCGUAGUUUUUCUAAUGGAUAAAUCCCAAGGACAAAAUCGUGCACGAACAGUAAAAAUUAAAGAAGGUCUUUUGAAAGUGCUCUUAAAUAUAGUUAAAUCAAAGGCCGGUCGUGUUCAAUUUUUAGAAGCUAAUGGUUUUUAUUUAUUAUAUGAGCUAGCUCUCAACGUUUUACCUAGUGAUUAUUCUUGUACAUUUGUUGAUCUUUCUUGUCAAGUUUUACUUCACUGCUGUCCAAAACAACAAUUACCGAUAGAUUCAAUUUUUAGUCCAGUAAGAUUUAAUUUACCACCAGGCUAUGAUUAUAUUGUUUCUAAUGAAUUACUCAGUGCUGAUCCUCAAAUAGUAAAAGAUCUUGAUGAACUACGUGAAAAAUGUAAAUCAGUCAUACCGACCAAUGAACGAGUUUCUACUGCUGACCAACGUCUACGCCCUAAAUCUUCCAUAGGCUCAGCAAUAGCAAGAUCAUCAUCGGCAACAAAAUGUGUAACAACAGCAUCAAUUCGACCAAAAUCUUCGAAAGGAACAAAAUUAGACAAGAAAAAAACAGAACAAAAAACAGUAACGAAGAAAAGAUCGGUUACAAAUGGAACUAAAUAUCGGCAAGUACCUGGAUUAAAUGGCAAUAAUCUUGACGAUCCAGAAGACACUGGCAUUCGUAUUGUUGAAGAUGAAGAACUUGAUGAUGAAGAUAGUUCAAAAUCAGACGAUAAUGACGAAGAAGAAGACGAUGAAGAAGAUGAAACUUCCAAUAAAGAAAAUGUAUUGGACUCCUCCGUUCCUUUACCAAACGAUGAACAACAAACUCGUGACUCAGUUGAUUUAUCUAGAGCAUACGAACAAUUUUUUGAUGAAAUGAUUGAUCCAGUUUAUUUACUUCGUUCGAAAAUGGCACAACGUAUUCUUGAUCCGUCUACAGAAAGCUUACUAUCAAGAUUAUUUCGAAAUAUCUUACCAUCAUCAUUAACACUUCUUUGUACGCAAUCAGCAUUUUCUUAUUGGCGUAUGCCAUUAGAUUUACAUUUUCAAACAUAUUCUAUACUUGCUAAAUCUACGAAAAGUGCAUAUCGAUUUACCAAACUUGCCUAUCCGGAUGCGUUUAAUGCUGUGUCCCAUGCAAGACUUGAACCCAUGCAAAAAUCUGAUGAACGAAACAAUAGGUCAACAUUACUUGGGGAUAUUCGUCGAAUCAUUUAUCCAACAUCAAUUUUUAAUCGUACAGUCUAUGAUUUUGAUACAGUGGUUGAUCACUCAGUAGUAACGGCAUUGGAUAACGAAGAUGAACAGAGAUGCCAAAUGCGAUCCAACCUUGAUCAUCUUCGCUUCGAUUCUCAAUUUGAAUGUGGUAAUUUAAGAAAAGCUGUUCAAAUUACCGAAGAAGAAUAUGAUCUAAUCCUUCGACCUGAUAUAAAUACAUUUCGCUAUCAUCAAUGGUUCUAUUUCGAAGUAUCAAAUAUGCGUCAUGAUAUAACCUAUCGUUUUAAUAUAAUCAAUUUUGAAAAAGCCAACAGUCAAUUUAAUUCCGGUAUGCAACCAGUGAUGUUUAGUGUCUGUGAUGCACUUAAUGGUAAACCAUGUUGGCGUCGGAUCGGCGAAAAGGUUUCUUACUAUAAAAAUACAUAUGGCAAAAAAAAGAAAGUCUAUUACACAUUGACAUUUAAUAUACGAUUUACAUAUGAUAAUGACGUCUGCUAUAUAGCAUAUCAUUAUCCAUAUACGUAUACAACACUAAUGACGGAUAUAGUCAAUUGGUCAAAUACAUAUGAUCGAUCUAGUAUUUAUUUUCGGCAACAAGUACUUUGUAAAACAUUAUCUGAAAAUGAUUGCCCUUUAUUAACAAUAACUAGUUUCUAUAAUCAAAAUGAUGUAUACCACAGUGAAAAACAGACCAUUCCUAUGCAUGAAAGAACAUAUGUUAUGUUAACAGCACGUGUUCAUCCAGGUGAAUCAAAUGCAUCUUGGAUUAUGAAAGGUAUUAUUGAUUAUUUAUUAAGUGAUGAACCAACAGCACGACUUUUACGAGAUCAAUAUAUUUUCAAAAUAGUACCAAUGCUGAAUCCAGAUGGUGUUAUUAAUGGCUGUCAACGUUGUUCAUUAGCUACGAAAGAUCUUAAUCGCCAGUGGUCAGCUCCUAAUUCCGUACUAUUUCCAACAAUUUAUCAUACUAAAGGUUUAUUAGCCUAUUUAUCAAUGUGUUCUUCUCGGCCGAUAACGCUGUUUUGUGAUUUUCAUGGCCAUUCGCGACAAAAAAAUUUUUUCUUCUAUGGCAAUGAUCCUCGUCUUCAUUUUCUUGGACCAGCCAUUGGUCGUUCUACGAUAACAAAAAUGUUCCCUAAACUAUUUACGGGUGUACCGGGUUUUGCAUUACAAAGUUGUUUAUUUACGAUGCGAAAACAAAAGGAAGGCUGUGCUCGUAUGGUAGUCUGGGAAGAAUUUAAGAUUGAUUUUGCUUAUACAAUGGAAGCAACAUACAAUGGUUUUGACGCCGGCUUAUAUAAAGGUUUACAAAUACAAAUAUCAACAUUACAAAUGAUCGGUCAUGAUUUUUGUCAAGUUUUAACUAGACUUGGUGAACGUGAAUAUAAAACACCAGAAGCUAUUAUUCCAAUGGAAGAUCUAUUUGUUACCAGUGAAAAUCGUUCACAAGAAAAACGGGCAACUAACGGCGAUGAAAAACGGCGUAGUUCUUCGGCAGCUUCUUCCUCGUCAUCAUCAUCAUCGAGUAGUUUAUUAUCGUUAACGGAUGGAGAUGUUCAUUGA